AUGGUACUUAACCUUACUACGGCUGAAAUAGACCAGAAGAUCUCGUGCGAGUUGAAGACCGCGUCUAAUAGGAGCAUCAUCAAGUUCCUUGGGAAAUUGGAACCCGAGGCCAAGAAGGUUGCGCUGAAGGCUCUUACCGAGGACAAGGGCAUCAUCACUCCGCCAAAGGGCAAGACCAAGGCCAUCAAGAAGAAGGAUGAUGCAGGUGCCAUCUAUGCCAUGUACGAAGGAUGGAAGGGGCAGCUUGAGGGCAUUAUCGAUUACAUCGAGACGGGCACAGACAAGGAGAAGAAAGAAGCGUUCGUGAUGAACAUGCCGGAUAUGAUCAUCGCUCCCAUCAGAUAUGAUGACAACCAAGUUGGAUGA